AUGGCAGACAUCUCGGCGAGGUCGUGGCUGCUGCUCUCCGUCACGUACCUCGCUUACGUCUGCAUCUACUGCGCGCGCAAGCCCUUCGCCGUCGCCAAGACCAGCAUCAAGGACGACCUCGGCGUCGCCGACGGCCAACUCGGCCUGAUUGACACGGUGCUGCUCGCAACGUACGCGGUGGGACAGCUGUCGCUCGCGCACGCGGUCCGCAGGUUCGGCCGGCGCUGGACGCUCGUCCUCGCCUUUGCCCUCUCUGGCGCCGCGACCGCCGCCUUUGGACUCUGCAGCUCGGCGCCCGCGAUGAUGGCGGCGUGGGGCGCCGCCGGCCUCUUUGCGGCGCCCGCGAGCCCGCUCUUCUCGACCCUGGUGGGGGAGGCGGUCCCCGACGCGGUGCGUGGGACGGUCCUCGGCGUGUGGAGCUCCUGCGAGAACCUCGGCGGCGCGGUCGCAAACAGCAUCGCGGCGAGUGCCCUCGGCGGCGGCUGGCGGCGCGUCUUCUUCGUCUCUGGGCCCGUGGUGUCGGUCUGGGCGGUGGCGCUGAUGUUUCGGCCGCUCGGAGUGCCGGGGGUGGGUGGCGCGGCGGCGGCGUACGCGCUCACCAAGACGUCGCGGUACAUCAUGAUGUUCUGGCUGACCGUCUACCUCAAGGAGCACAUCCUGAUGAGCGCAUCCAACGCCGGCCACGUCUCGUCGGUGCUGGACGUGGCCGGCACGGUCGGCGCCGUGCUGACGGGCGUCGCGACGGACCGCCUCUUCGGCGGUUGCGCGCUGCGUGUCGCAAUGCACUCGUGCUGCGCCACCGGCGCCUGCUUCCUGGCGCUCAUGCUCGCUUGCCUCUGCGACAUGCCGUGGGCGACGCACGUCGCCGCGAUCGCGUCGAUCGGCUUCUUCAUCGCGGGUCCGGGCGGCGUCCUCGGCCGGUCCGACGACAAGCAGCUCGUCGCGGCGGUCGCGGGGCUCGUCAACGGCCUCGCUUCGACGGGGCCGGUCUUUGGCGUGCUCGUCGCGCCGCAGCUCAAGGCGCUGGCGGGCUGGCCGGGCCUCUUCGGCGCACUCGGCGCGGCGAUGCUCGCGGCAGCGGCGGUGCUGCGGCCGGCAGUGGCUAUAGAGGGGGCGUCUCUCGCCAAGCUCAAGCGGGCCUGA